UAAAAUAACUGACAAUAUGUGACAGGACUUAUAAGUACCCCGUCACAUGAUUCAGGAAAGCCUCACCCGAAGAUGCAUGGUGGCUUCAAGGAAGUGGUACAUGUCAUAUGACCAAAACAAAAAUAGCCAUUCUUCCGGGGAUGAUAACUUGAGCGGUUUCAAAGUCUGUUUCUGUACUGUAUCCCUAUUACAAGGGAGGUGAGAAGAGACCGUGUGGAGAGUGUGUUGGGGGGAUGGAGGAGUUUCCAGUGAGGACGGUGGAGGGGCUGUGUCUAGGCACCAGCUUGGCCAUAUCAGGCCUCUUCUUCUACAUCUACAGGAAAAAGAGGAAAUCGGUGGACAAGCUCAAUGAGGCACCCCACAUUAAUUUGGAUGGGAAACUGGCAGACCUUUUGAAUGUGACACCAGGAAAGUGUCUGCAGUAUGUUGUCAUCGAAGGAGCAGUGCAGCCUGUGGGGGAGCCUCUAAGGAGUCAGUACCAGGAAGGCAGCGUAGGGGUAGUGCAGAAACUCAUGCUAAGGGAACACAAGCUGGUGUGGAACAGCCUGGCCCACACCUGGAUGGACAGUGAGUGCGUGCUGCACCAGAGAGUGAAUACUGUGCCCUUCAGCCUGGUGGGGUCGGACCAGGCCAACGUGAGGGUGCUGUGUCCCCUGGAGGCCUCAGAGCUGAAGAUGGAGAUCCUCCAUGAGAAGUUCCACCAGGCCACCUACGGUUUCACCGACAUCGUCGGACAGUACCUCAGUGGAGAGAAGCCCAAAGGCCAGCUGGAGACUGAGGAAAUGCUCAAGGUUGGCGCUACUCUUACAGGUGUAGGCGAGCUCAUCCUGGACACGGACCGGGUGCUGAAGCUCCGCCCGCCCACCGACGGCUCAGAGUACUUCCUAAGCACAGCAGACUUUGAGACCCUGCGGCUGGAGCAGGAAGACCAGGCGGUGGUCUGGCGGGUCCUGGCCUCUGUGUUCGCCCUGGCCGGGGCCGCCGUCCUCCUCUGGGUGGGCUGCCGCUACUACCGCAGCCUGAGGGUCUGCUGGGAACAGGAACGUCUGAAGAGGGAGUUUGAGACACUGGGCGCCGGGGGGUCUGGGGCUACACAACAGGGGUCUAGGGAGCAGGAGACGCCCCUGGAGAAUGACUGUGUGAUCUGCCUGACCCAGCUCCGUAGCUGUGUGCUACUGGACUGUGGGCACGUGUGCUGCUGCUACAGCUGCUACCAGGCCCUGCCUCAGCCCAUCUGCCCCAUAUGCCGGCAGGCCAUCAACAGAGUGGUGCCCCUCUACCAGGCAUGAAGCCCAGCCAGGGAGAACAAAUCAAAAUCAAAUGUUAUUUGUCUCAUACACAUGUUUAGCAGAUGUUAUUGCGGGUAUAGCGAAAUGCUUGUGUUCGUAGCUCCAACAGUGCAGCAAUAUCUAACAAUUCACAAUAAUACACACA